AUGGAUUUUCUAUCAAAUAUCGGUAACAAGCGCAAUACCAGAAAAACAAAUAGUAGUAGACGACCCAAUGCAAGAAAGGCUUCUAUAUCUUCAGUCUCGAAUAAUUCAAUAGCCAAUUCUAAUAAUAUCAGUAAAUCCAUAUUGAAAAAAGAAAAGCCAAAUAAAUCUGAACAUACACCUCAACAAUGUGUUUCAGAUUCAUUAGCAGGUACUAAUUUAGAUUCAAAUGCAAACAAUUUAUGGAUCAGUACAGACUUUUGUCUUUCAAAUACAGAAGAAGAGGAAGAUUUAUUCACUGAAGUCGCAAAACAAUUAGAUUUAAGUGCAGAACAAUUAGCUAGUCUUUCAAAUAAAUCUCCACCUAUUUCUAUUAUUCCAAAAAAAACUAGUAACGCAAAAUUAUUAAAAAUGUCAGGAUCAGCGAAAAAGGUAGCUCCACCAAAUUAUAUCAAAAUAUUAUGUAAACAAAAGAAAAAAGGUAUCACAUACGAAUUAAUUCUGGAAUUAUCAUACUAUAUUCGAACUUCAGACAGUUGGCUAGAAAGAUUUAUUGAAGAUGGCGGUAUGCUGAUUAUUGCAAAAGAAUUGGGAGUGAUUCAGAAAAAAGAAAAGAGAAUACAAACAGAUUAUAAAAUAGAAUUAGAAAUAUUGAAAUGUUUGAAUACAUUAAUGAACAAAAAGUCUGGUCUUCAAGAAGCUUUUAAGCAUUCUCGUAUUAUUGAUAACAUUUGCAUAUCUCUUUUAUCGCCUUAUAUACCUGCAAGAACACAAGCAUGUGAAUCACUAACUGCUUUUUGCUUUUUACCAAAUGGACGUUCUAUGGUUUUACAUGGAAUGGAAUUGUUGAAACAAUUUGGAUCUAAUAAUAGUCGAUUUGAUGCAUGGAUGCGUGCACUUGAAAAGACAUUGGAUGGAAGAGGGAAGAUGGGUUCAGCAGUAGGCGCAAGUAAUGAUUUAAAAUUAACAGGAAUGGUUGGUGCAGGAGAUUCUCAAAUAACUCAAUAUAUGUUUAUUAGCGUAUUAUUUAUCAACACAUUAAUACGAUCUGAUAUUGUUGAAAAUAGAAGGGAAAGAAUUAUGUUGAGUUUAGAAUUAGAACAAGCUGGUAUUAAUGAUGUGUUUACUAAAAUGGAAUUAUUAAAUCAUGAACAUAUCAGUUUGGCGAUUCAAAAAUUUCGAGAUGAUGUUGAAAUGGAUACAAUGCAAGAAGAUAUAGAAAUGUACCGUGAUUUAGACACUGUAAAUGUCUUCCAGAUGCUUUUAGCAAUUACUCAAAAUACAUCAUCUUAUCAAAAUUUGCAUAAUACUCUUUGUUAUAUGUUGAAGAUACAGGACAAUACUGAAAAAAGCAAUCAACAAUUUCAACGUAUUGAAACAUUAGUUCAACAAGUAGCUAUGGAUCAGAAUAACUGUUAUCCUGAAGAUUUUACACAUGCUUCUGAAACUAAAGUUCAAAAACUGAUUCCCAGGUUUUCACAAGUAGAUGAAGAUCUUGCUUUAAAGAAAAAAAAUUACUUAGAUGGAUCUGAAGAUGUAAUAGGACCAUUAGAAGCAAAAAUCGAAUGUCUUGAAAAAGAUCUCAGCUUAGCCAAGCAAACAAAUGCAAUGCUUAAAAUUCUUUUUAAAAGUACAGAAGAACGUUAUAAAUCUGAGUUGUUAGAUACAGAAACAAAGAUGCGUAAAUUACAUGAUUCUGUACGUAACCUUAAAGAAUAUGGUAACCCAUCACCGAAAAGACGUAGUCUCCGAAAUCAACAACAGCAACAACAGCAACAACAAGCACAUCAAUUGCAAAAUUUACGAAAAACUACGACUACGACUACGUCUACUACUACUACUACUACUACUACUAAAUCAAAAGCAAAUGAGACUUCAUUACGUAAUUCAUUCAAUUCCUCUCCUCCUGCUCCCCCUCCCGAAAAACCCUCCAUUACCGUCACUUCUUUACCUAAAAUACAAAAAGAAUUGACCCAGACAUCUCAACAACAACAACAAACUGGCGCUGGAUUUUCUGAAACUAUAAAGCAGUCACUUCGAUCUAAACUUGGAAGCUUUGUUAGAAGAACUAGUAAUGAACCUUUAACGAAAAAUAACAAAUCGCGUGGAAAUUCGACUGGUUCAGUUGCAAGCUCAUCAUGUAAGAAAUCUAUGACAAAAUCAUCUAGUAUAGGCAGUAGUCGUAAAAGUUCAUCCAACACUAGUAUAUCUUUAUCGGGAGAAAGCUUACAUAGCUUAAAACUUCCGUCUGAUCAUGAUAUUGUUCGCUCCCUGACAUCGAGUACGAUAGGUAGUCAAAAGUCUAAAAUGUCAUUGAAUGAUGAAGCUUCGAAAUCAGAGGAAAAGGAAGAGACGAACCAGGUAGAGACGAACCAGGUAGAGGAAAAACAGGUAGAGGAGAUUAAUAAAUUAGUCUCUGAACUAUCUUCUUCAUCAGUAUGUACUGUUUUAGUUGUUGAAGAGCAAGCGAUAUCUCCCACUUUCGAUCAUCUUAAGGAGCCUAUAGUAUUAGAAGAAGUAAAUUCAUUAGUGCCGCCACCACCAUCGCCGCCAUCGUCUCCUUCACCUCCUUCAUCACCAUCACCUCCACCGCCCCCACCGCCACCACCACCACCUCCUCCACCACCUCCACCACCUCCACCGCCACCACCUUCUACACAGAUGGAUGAUAUGACAAAAAAUUACACUACACUUCCACCUCCACCACCUAAUACAAUUGCUUCGAAUACGCCCAUUUCUUCACCACCAUUACCACCUACCUUUCUUGCAGUUACAGGAAGAAAACCUAGUGCAUUUCAUGCAAAACAGAAAUUAAAAUUUGUAGAAUGGGAAAAGAUGAACUUUAUGAAUAUCCAACAGACAAUUUGGGAUGAAUUCGAAAAAGAUAUCGAACUAUCAUUACACAAUCAGAUUGAAUCAGUUGAUUCACUUAUGGAAUACCAAUUAGCAAAAGCAGGCGUAUUUGAUGAUGUUGAACUUACAUUUGCGCAAAAACCACCUGUUGAAUUGAAAACAAAACAGCAAAAACAAGAAACUUUGAUUUUGAAUAGCAAGAAAGCAUAUAAUUUGAAUAUUUUUAUCAAGAAUAUGACCAAAAAAAUCCCAUUUGAUGAAAUUCGAUAUCAUUUUCUACAGUUAGAUCCUUAUUUUCUAGACGAGCAAAUUAUUUUAAAUCUUUUAAAAUACUUACCUUCUGAAGAUGAAAUCAAAAAGCUUAAUGACUAUAAGAACGCACCCAUGGAAGUUAUAGAAGCAUUAGGUAUUCCCGAAAAAUUUUGCUUACAGAUGAUAAAAAUUGAAAGAUUACAAAAAAGAUUGGAAUGUAUGUUAUUUAAAUCCACAUUCUGGGAAAGAUAUACUCUUCUGCAUAAGCAAAUGACUUCUGUAUAUAAUGCAUCAUUAGCAUUAAAGGAUGCUAAAAGCUUUAAGGAGCUUUUACAUUUGGUAUUAUUACUUGGAAAUUUCUUAAAUGGUAAUACGUAUCGAGGAGGCGCUUUUGGUAUCAAGAUUGCUAGUAUUAAUAAGUUGAUUGACACAAAAGGAACAACCAAAUCAACCACUCUUCUUCAUUUCCUAGUUGAUGCAGUUGAAAAGCAUUUUCCAAAUAUCCUAUUAUUCCUAGAAGAGUUGGACGAAUGUGGUUUAGCCUCAAAAGUUUCUCGAACAGAGAUGGUCUUAGAAUUUCAAAAUAUUGAAACAGAAUUAAGAAAACUUGAAGCAGAAUUGAGAGAUUUCUAUCCUUUAAGGGAAGAAGAAGAUGAAGGGAUAGUUGAAUUAGACAAGUUUUCCAAGACUAUGCAUCAAUUUUAUAAAGAGGCCUCAACUGAAUUUAAGCGUAUUUGUAUGCUUUCAAGUAAAAUGGAAGAAUCUUAUGAACAAGCUGUACGAUUUUAUGGUGAAGAUCCUAAGAAGGUACCGCCUGAUGAGUUCUUUGGUAUUUUCAAAGAGUUUACUGAUAGUUGGGAAAAAUGUUCUGCCGAUUCAAAAGAAUAUAGAAUGAAGCAGGAUCGUUUAGCAAAACAAAAGAAACGGGAACAGGAGAGAAGAAAGCGAACGAAUAGCAAUGCCAGUUCAUUAAAAGCAAAUAAUAUAGAUGGCGAAGAUGAUAAGGCUAUUUUACAUAGUUUACUUGAUAAAUUGAAAAAGGAUACAUUAGAUGUUAAAUCUAGAAGACGAAGUGAUCGGCAAAGGGCUCGACAGCGCUCUACUAGUGUUAAUACAUCUCUUUAUUCACAAGUUAAUAUAGAUUCAAUUUAUUUUAGAGCUCACAAGAUGCUACGAAAUAUACAAGGUGAAAAUAAUUCAAAUUUAGUAUUAGAUUCUGGUAAUCUACAUACAGAUGCAUUUCAUCACGAUAAAAGACCCAUGAGUACCUCUGUUGUAAUGAAUCCUAUCUUUUUUGAUACAGCAGAUGUUACUGAAAGCCCAAUGACAGCAACAGCCAUUUCCUUUUUAAAUGCCUCUACCCCGUUUCCAGAGAUUACAAAGACAUCUACAUUUGGUAAUAAACGAUAUAGUAGACCAUUAUCUGCUAUUAUUCCAAUGACAAGUAUCUCGUCCCAAUCGCAAUCAAACAGUUUGAUAACACCUCCAAGACAUGUUCGAGUUAGAAAAACAAGUACACGGCCCAUAUUUGAUCAUACAUUAAGAGUCAAAGCUAGAAGGAUGAGUACUAGAUAA